GCAUUGACUAUUGACUUGACCAUGUAUCGCAAUUUAGCGUUUCAGUCUAUUCAGUCAGCGGUCUUGUUGAUCGUUUGUAGCAGUUAGUGUUUGGUAUUGUCCUUUAAAUCAGUCAGCUAUAGCAAAAAGAUUCUGUUUGAAGCAAACUUCAGAAUACCUCGAAAGCAUACUCUGUUACAUGUACUUAAAACCCGAGGUUAAUCUCAAUAAUUGAAUAAAGCGUCUUCCUGCAUACAAAUUUGUCUAGUCCUUGGUCGAUUGUAGUGAAAAGGUGAGAGGCAUUGGAAAAUUCUGUACCAUAUUAUUACUACGUGCUCGUGGAGCAUGUCCAACGAACAUGAGUUGCCUUCUGAUUCCGAUGACGACGAUGAGGAUUACAUACCUGAUGGAGCUGACAAUGAGGCUGGAUCUGAGGUAGAAUCGGAGGGUGAAAUAGAGAGCGGUCCAGAGGAUGAAAAUGAUGAAAAUCUGAAAGUAUCAGACAAGCAUAAGGGAAAGGGUAAAGGAACAAAACGAGGUUUAAAAAACCAAAAUAAGAGUACGAAAAGAUUAAGAAAUGUUGGGGAAGGAAAGCAAGAAAGUAAUGAUAGCCAAGAACAAACUGAAGAAAAUGAGGCUAAAAAAAAAUUGAGCGAGGAGGAUGAAAAAAAGAGAGCAGACUCACUUUGGGCUGAUUUUAUGAAAGAUACAUCUGUUGUGUCAAGGCCUAAGUCAAAGAAUUCAAUAAAUAGUUCCAAGGAAGAAUUAACUCAACCUUUGAUAAAAUCAGUGAACGAAGAAAAAGUAAAAAUAACUAAAGUAUUCGAAUUUGCUGGUGAAGAAGUAAGAGUGGAAAAAGAGGUGCCUGCAGACUGUGCUGAGGCAAGAUUGGUUUUGUCCUCAACGAGAGAUUCGACAGCUGAUUCCAUGCAACGUAGCAGCGGAGGUGCAAAAGGCAGAGGAAUUUGUAAAGGCGGUCUGAGUGGCAUAUCUUCAGUUCUUUGUCAACUUGGAAAGAAGGCAAAGAUAAGCACUUUAGAAAAGUCUAAGCUGGAUUGGGAUUCCUAUAAGAAAGAAGAGAACAUUGAAGAGGAAAUAAGUACACACAAUAAGGGGAAGGACGGGUACUUGGAGAGACAAGAUUUUCUGCAGAGAGCAGAUAUACGACAGUUUGAGAUCGAAAAACAAAUGCGAACUACUAGACGCAGUGCGAGAUGAAGUGGAACCUUCUAAAUUCAAGACAAUGUGUAUUUUGAAAUUGCUAUUCAUAUAUAGGUAUUAUUUGCAAUGUACAACGCCAAGAUAAACUCAAUGGUAUAUAAUCACACAGCAAAGUUUGCUCAAGUGAAGAUUUUUAUCCAUCGAUUUUAAUCAUUUCGUAUUACAGCAUAUAAAGACCCAUUCGCACAUAAUGAUACUUGUGUCGGAAUACAACUAUUACUAGUAUUUUUAUUCAUAAAUGAUAAUUAAAUAUUAUUUUUACUAGCCCUAUUGCUUGACUGUUGGUGACUGUCCAAUUAAACAGAAUGUCAUCCAAUAAAUUAUUUUCAUUAUUUAUUUACCUCUUAACAGUUAUAUUAAACUGGAAGCUAUGUUGUUGGGAAAUUGACUAGUGAAGUGGGUUAUUUGUGCGAGUGUUUUUUAUAAAUGAUAACACUACAAUCGUGUUCCCGAAUUCUCAAUUAUACUGUAUGUAUAAGUAUAUUUAGAUUUCAAAACUGUUGCAACUUUUAUUGAACACAAAUGAUUUAAAAAUUGUAUCCAAGAUCUCUUGUUCCUGCUCAUCGUGACACGAUGUCAUGUACAGUUGGGCGUCGUGUACCAAGAUUAUUUAAAUCUCGUAAACGCGAUUGAUCAUGAAAACCAAAUUUUUCAAACACACGAUACAUCAGUGUUUGUAACCCAACUAUUAAUAAAAUUAUACUAUGAUAUUGCAUUAGAA